UGAAGGUAAAUAUAGAAAUGACGGAGAUGAAAAAAUGGAAGAAGAGAUAAAUGAAGAAGAAGAGAUAAAUAAAGAAGAAGUAAUAAAUGAAGAAGUGUUAAAUGAAGAAGUAAUAAAUAAAGAAGAAGUAAUAAAUGAAGAAGUGUUAAAUGAAGAAGUGUUAAAUGAAGAAGUAAUAAAUGAAGACGUGCUAAAUGAAGAAGUGAUAAAUGAAGAAGUGCUAAAUGAAGAAGUGCUAAAUGAAGAAGUGCUAAAUGAAGAAGUGCUAAAUGAAGAAGUUCUAAAUGAAGAAGUGAUAAAUGAAGAAGUGAUAAAUAAAAAAGAAGAGGAACACAUAAUUAAUAAUAAAGAAAAGUAUCUUUAUUUUUUAAAAUAUUUUUAUUGUAUAGAUAAAGAUAACAAUUAUAUUAUGCCCUUUUUGAAUAAAGGAAAAAUAUUGGUAUAUAGAAAAUCAAAUUUCCAGGAGUGCAUAAGAAUGUUCGAAAACGAAGUAUUUCUUUUUUAUGGAAUAAAGAAAAAAUCUUUAAAGAAUAUAAUUACAUAUUUGAAAGAGUUUUAUAAUUUUUAUGUUAUAGAUCAUAUGAAAUGGUUAAGAGAAAAACGAGAAAAGAAAUUAAAAAAUAAUGAAUGUAUUGAAAAUAAAGAUGAAUAUUUUAUGUCUAUAUCGUUUUUUUCUUAUGUUAUUGAAAAAUGGAAAAUAUUGAUAAAUAAGGAUUAUAAUAAAAAAUUCAUCUUGUGUAAUUAUCCAUAUAAGGUAGAGCACAUUGAAAUGUUGGAAAAGAUGUUGAAUGUAAGAUUGUUUAUAUUUUAUUUUAAGAAUAAGAAGGAUGAAAAUAUGAGUUAUAUUAAGGAAGGUGAUAAGAUAUUAGAAGCCAUUGGUGAAAUUAAAUAUAAUAAUCAAAUUAAUGAUGAUAAUAAUCAAAUUAAUUAUAAUGAUAUAAGGAGGAAAAGAGAAAGAAAUAAAUACAUAAGAGGAGAAAAAAUUUCCUAUAUAUUAAUAAACAAUUUGAUUAAUAAAGUUAAAAAGAAAAAUACAACAUAUACAAAAUAUGAUGAGAUAAUAAAUAAGAGACAUGUGUUUACAUUUGAUGGUCCAUGUAAAGGUACUCGUGAAUAUGUAGACGAAAUAGAGAAUUUUUUCAGUACUAUAAUAAAUGUAGCUAAAAAAAAGGUUAUCCUAAUUUGUAAUAUGACAAAUAAGGAUAUAAAUUUUAUAGGAUUUUAUUUACAAUAUGAAUAUGCUAAUAUGGUUUUUUAUGAUUUAAAUAUUGAUGACGAUAUAGAUGAUAAUAUGUCUAAGUUUUUAAAGAAGGAUAUUAAAAAUAUAAUUGAAGAAGAUGUAAUUUAUAAUGAUAGUAUAUUUUAUAAAAAUAAAGACAUGAAGACAAAUAUAUUAAUAAAUAAAAUGAAAAAAUUUAUAUCAACUGUAAACGCAAGUUAUUAUGUUUUUUCUAACUUUCCUACUAAUUUAAAUUUUGAGGACUAUGAAAAGAUACAUUUAUUUUUUGAAAUAAAAUUGGCUAUAUUAAUGGUUGAGGAUGAUUCUUAUAUGAACAAGGUAGAUCUUAACAAAUUAA